GCCGGCGCGGGGCCCAAUGAGCGCGGCGGGAGCGGGAGCUGCCGGCGCUCGGCGGCGGCGGCGCGGGGCGGCCAUGGCGGCGGCGGGGCCGGGGUGUGGGGCUGCCCGCGGCGCCGUGCCCGCCGCCACGCGAUUGCAGGCCUACGCGUGGUGCCGCGAGUUCCUCGCCGGCUCCUGGAAGCUCAUCGGCCCCGACGAGUUCGGCAUCGCGCCCGUCAGCGGGGGGCUCAGCAACCUGCUGUUCAAGUGCGCGCUGCCCGAGCACGUCCUGAGCGUGGGGGACGAGCCGCGGCAGGUGCUGCUGCGCGUCUACGGUGCCAUCCUGCAGGGCGUGGACUCGCUGGUGCUGGAGAGCGUGAUGUUCGCCAUCCUGGCGGAGCGGGCGCUGGGGCCCCGGCUCUACGGGGUCUUUCCGCAGGGACGGCUGGAGCAGUACAUUCCGAGCCGGCGCCUCCGGACCGAGGACCUGUCGGACCCCGACAUCUCCAGGGAGAUCGCGGUGAAGAUGUCUCGGUUCCAUGGCAUGGUGAUGCCCUUCAACAAGGAGCCCAAGUGGUUGUUUGGGACCAUGGAGGGGUACCUGAAGCAGAUUUCAGAGCUCACCUUCCCUGAGGAAGCCCAGCUGAAGAAGUUCAACUGCCUCAAGGCUUAUAACCUGCAGGAGGAGAUGAAGAGCCUCAGGGAGCUGCUGGAGUCCACGCCCUCGCCUGUGGUCUUCUGCCACAACGACGUGCAGGAAGGGAACAUCCUGCUGCUGGCUGGGCACGAAGCCUCCUCCUCUGACAAGCUCAUGCUCAUCGACUUUGAGUACAGCAGCUACAACUACCGGGGCUUUGACAUCGGCAACCAUUUCUGCGAGUGGGUGUACAACUACACGCACGAUUCCUGGCCCUUCUACAAGGCUUCCCCGGAGAACUAUCCAACUCGGCAGCAGCAGCUGCACUUCAUUCGACACUACCUCUCGGAGGACUCGGGGCGACGCGGGGACACUACACACGAAGAGCAGGCACGCAUCGAGGAGGAGAUGCUCACUGAGAUCAACCGGUUUGCUUUGGCCUCUCACUUCUUCUGGGGCCUGUGGUCCAUUCUGCAGGCGAAGAUCUCCACCAUCAAGUUUGGGUACCUGGACUACGCGCAGAGCCGCUUCGAGGCCUACUUCCAGCAGAAGGCACAGUGCUUGUGAGCGGCCUGCUGCCUCCCCGGACCUGCCCGUGCCGCGCUCGGACUCUGCAGCCUCUCCCUGGCCUGGCACGGAUGUACGCCGGGUGACGUCUGUGCCAGCCGCGGCCCCGCGGGCAGGCCAGACGCAGGGUACGCGGUUCUGCGGGUGGGCCGGCUCCUUGCUUGCUACGAGAGGGGCUGCCCCACGUCCUGGGCGCGCAGGCGCUGCGAGGUUGCCUGGGAUCAAUGCUGCAGCGGUGCGGGGGCAAGCAGGGGGCUGGGGCUUGCCCUGGCUGCCCCACGGUGUAUAUAAAAGGGGAAGGAGGACGAGGAGGUGCGGUGGCUCAAUCCUCAAGGCUCCGCAGCUGCGUUGGCAGCAAGGUGGGUCUGCCCAAGCGUGAACCUCAUGGAAAGAGGAGACGUAUCCCGCUAUGGGUGAACGGCCCAGGCGGGGGCUCGCCGCCCGCGCGUUCAGUUUCCUUUGGCGCUGCAUCUGCAGCGAGGGCCCCUGGCAGAGCGAGGAAGCCGUUGGGCCAGCGCUGCCCCCGGCUGCCCUGUUUCCCUGCCCGUCCCGGCAGCGCUGCCUGGGUCUGACCCACCGUCACCCUCCGGCAUGCUCUCCCCGCAGUGACGUGUCCCUCGCCCAGGUCUCUGCGCUCCUGGCACCAAGUGGGGGUUUGAGCCGAGGGCCCUGAGCUGCUGGCGGGAGCCCUGGCCCCCCCUUUGCUGAAGGGAUCCCUCUGUUCCUCUCCCCCAGCAGCCGGGAGGCUGGUGCAGCCCGGACCAGGAGGGGUGAGUGGGUAGCUCUGUGCCCGUCCCGGCUGCCCCUUGCAUGCUCCUGCCUGGCCCCGCCGCCGCCUUCUGCUGAGGGGGCUUGGAGCGCGGCUCGGGGCAGAUCUACGGUUGCAUUCCCCGCUCCGGCCCCCUCCCAGAGCCGCUGGGGCCGAGGCGGGGCUGCCGGCCGUGCUGCAAGCCCCCGCGCUGCCUCCGGGCCGGGCCUCUCCGCGGCCUGCGCUGGCUGCGCUCGCUGCGCCGUGUCGCUGCUCCCCUGGCCGGGCGGGGACCCGACGGCAGUGCAGGCUGUGCUCCCGCAGACCAAUAAACGCUGCGGCGGCUCCACCGCCUCUGCUCGCAGUC